AGGCAGGGAGGUGAGGAGGAUGGGCGCCUGCCCUCCCCUCUCCUGCUGGACCUCAAACAUUACCGAGAAAUAAAUGCCAGGAAGUGGCCCCGCAAAACUCCGAGGUGAAUUUGCAAGACAGAGUUACACGGCAGCUCUGAGUGGGGCUCCCCCCCCCACCCUGCUUCUGCCAAGCUGACAAGCCAGUCCCCCCUCCAAAUCCACCCGGAAAGGUGCAAAGAGAAGCCCACGAGGCGAGCGCCCACUAGCCAGAACCCGUCCCCUCCCUCUCUUCCUCCUCCAAUCCUUUCGAAAGAAGCUGAGGGAGCCGCGUCGGGGGACAGGGUUGCAAAGACAGCUCGCCAGAAGGCCGCCGGGACUGCAGAAGAGAGCAAAGGUGGGGAGGGCUGGCGAGGACAGAGUGGAGACAGGCUUCCCUAGGGCCAGCCGAGGACUGGCAGCCUCGGGAAGGAGAGGGGGAGCUAGCCAUCGCCAAACCUCCCCCUCCCAGCGAGCCCAAGGAGGAGGCGGGUGGGGGAGGCUCCCUACGCCCUCCCCCCGCCGCGCACACGCACUCACACACACUCACAUUCACACACGCGCUCCCGCGCGCACGCACGCACGCACACACACACACACACACACUCACACUCACACUCACAGCAGUCUGCUGCCGACUGCCAGCUGCGAUCUCCUCCGCUGUCUCUGUCGCCUGGACUCCCCGAGCCCCUCCGAAGGCUGGGGCCAAGCGCGCACGCUUCUGCCGGGGAGCCCUGCGGAGAGGCCGACCGCAGAGCCUCGGAGCCGGCCCGGGAGUUUAGCGUUCACCCGGCGCUGCGGCCGAGGUUCGAGGUACCCCAGAGCUAAAGGGGGCAGCUGCGGGCGCCUGGGCAGCCGAAUCCCCGGAGCAGGGUGAGCCUGCAGAGGGGCGCGGGGCCCGACAGCGCCCGAGGCACUCCGAAGUUGCAGGGACACGCACCAGAUGGCCGUGGCAAGAGGAACCGGAGGGGAGCGGUGGUGGCUACAGCGGCGGCAGCAGCAGCAGAGGCAGAGGCGGCGGCAGCAGCAGCAGCAGCCCUAGGAAGCUUCAGCUCUCCAUGCGCUGAGCUGGACACCGCGGAACAGGCUCCAGCAGCGCGCACCUCCCCGGGCAGCUGAGCAGAGCGCUCGGAGCGCUCGGGACCCCCCCCCCCGGCAACCCGACCCCGGCUCGGGACGGAAGCCGAAGGCCCCCUCCCCUCCUCGCUCCAGUACCUGAGCCGACCCUUUGCUGCUUGACUGGGCCGGCCGCCUCCCCACCCCGCUUGCUGCCCAGAGGACUGAGAAGGGGGCACCGGCGCGGGGUCGGGGAGGGGACGUUCACUCUGUCCAUGGCUCGGGAGGCCCUCCGAGCUUGACCUGGGGCGCCCAACCGCCCGCCCGCAGCUAGGGAGAGCUGAUGCGCCCCGGGGAGGAGCCCGAGGGCAGGAGAAGGAAGGACCUAGAUGGGUGAAGCUAGCGAGGCAGGUGGAGCAGCAACCGCGGCGCAGAGGGGAAGGCGGAGGCAGAGAGAGCGGGGCGGGCGCCGCAAGUUCCCGUGAGAGGCAGAUUCAGAGACAGACAAACCCACACACCGACCGAGAGACACCCAGAUACCAAAGAGCCGGGAAGCCCGAAGCGGCUGGUUUUGCAAAGCGCGCCCCGCCGCAGCUUCGCUGCCUGCCCAGCACGGGGUAGGGACUAACGAUCGAUUUUAUUCGAAAAUCUUUUGUAUACACUUUUUUUUUUCCGCUUGGAAAGGGGAAGGGCGCGCAUUUGUUGGAGAACCCUCAGAACAGGGCUGGCCGGAGCGGGUGGGGAUACUGCAGAAAGAACCGACCUGCCCACCCGAGUCCUUCGCCUGGGGAGCUGGACAGACCGAGCUGGGCUGGGCCGGGCCGGGGCGAGCCCGGCCGGGAGGGGCGCGAAGGGGUCGGGCCACCGGAGUAUGGGACGGGCAGCGGCGUCUGCUCUCCGAGCUUCUGACCUGCGGUUUUCCAGAACCUGAAGCUUCCCAGGGUGGUGAGGGGAAAAGACUGGAGAUUUCAGCGCUCUCCUCACCUCCACCCGCCCCCCCGCACUCUGAAGAUUAAGCCCCCCCUCCUUUUUUUUGUUUUUUGUUUUUUUGUUAACGACAAUUGCAAAUAAGUUAAGGAAAAAAGAAAAGCCACUUCUGGAUUCCUGGUUGUGAUUGUGAAGUUACCUCGCAUCUCCGCCCGACCUCAGGACACAGAUAGUACAGAGAAGAAGGCAGCGACGAUGCCAGACUCACCGGCUGAGGUGAAGACGCAGUCCAGAUCAACCCCACCCAGCAUGCCACCUCCAGCCGUCACCCAGGGAGCCACACGGCACCCUUCCUUCACACCAAACACAAAUCGAGAAGAUGGGCCUCCCACGUUUCUGCCCCCUGGCCGAUUCCACGGCUGCUUGAAGUGGUCUAUGGUCUGUCUUUCUAGAGCGAGCGAGAAAGCGAGUGCGAGCGGGAGCGAACCUGAGCAGGCACGGGAGAGGCAGGGCUGCUGGCUUCCAGGACGACCCAAACACGGCGGGCAAGUGAUGAAUGGAAGUAGCCAUUCCCCAACGGCGAUCAACGGAGCCCCAUCGACCCCCAAUGGGUUCAGCAAUGGCCCAGCCACCUCUUCGACAGCCUCACUGUCCAACCAGCAGCUCCCGCCAGCCUGUGGUGCCCGACAGCUCAGCAAACUCAAACGCUUCCUUACCACCCUGCAGCAGUUUGGGAAUGACAUCUCCCCUGAGAUCGGGGAGCGGGUCCGCACCUUGGUGCUGGGGCUGGUGAAUUCUACCCUGACAAUUGAGGAGUUCCAUUCCAAACUCCAAGAAGCCACCAAUUUUCCUCUGCGCCCAUUUGUCAUUCCCUUCCUGAAGGCAAACCUGCCCUUGCUGCAGCGGGAACUCCUGCACUGCGCCCGCUUGGCCAAGCAGACCCCAGCCCAGUACCUGGCCCAACAUGAGCAGCUCUUGCUAGAUGCCAAUGCUUCUUCUCCCAUCGACUCCUCCGAGCUUCUCCUGGAAGUCAAUGAGAACGGCAAGAGGAAGACGCCAGACAGGACCAAAGAGAAUGGGUUAGACCGAGACCCGCUGCACCCCGAACACCUCAGUAAACGGCCAUGCACCCUGAGCCCUGCCCAGAGGUACAGCCCCAACAACGGGCUGAGCCAUCAGCCCAACGGGCUGCCCCACCCCACGCCUCCCCCACCUCAGCACUACCGCCUUGAGGACAUGGCUGUGGCCCACCACUACAGGGACACGUACCGGCCCCCUGACCCCCGAGAGCUGCGGGAGCGCCAUCGACAAGUUGCUGUACAUGGCUCCCGGCAAGAAGAAGUGAUUGACCACAGGCUCACAGACCGAGAGUGGGCAGAGGAGUGGAAGCACCUCAACAAUCUCCUGAACUGUAUCAUGGAUAUGGUGGAGAAGACUCGGCGCUCUCUCACGGUGCUGCGCCGCUGCCAGGAGGCUGACCGGGAGGAGCUCAACCACUGGAUCCGGCGCUAUAGUGAUGCCGAGGACAUGAAGAAGGGCCCCAUCUCUGCCCCAUCCCGCCCACACAAUAGCUCCUCCAACUCCGAGGGUCCCCAGUUAGAAAGUCACCGGGAGUUUGUACCCCGGCCUCUAUCCGGUUAUAUGCCAGAAGAAAUCUGGAGAAAAGCUGAGGAAGCUGUGAACGAGGUAAAGCGCCAGGCGAUGUCCGAGCUGCAGAAGGCCGUGUCCGACGCAGAACGCAAAGCCCAUGAAGUCAUCACGACCGAGCGAGCGAAGAUGGAGCGGGCCCUGGCCGAGGCCAAGCGGCAGGCCUCCGAGGACGCCCUGACUGUUGUCAAUCAGCAGGAAGACUCCAGCGAGAGCUGUUGGAACUGUGGGCGCAAAGCCAGCGAGACCUGCAGCGGCUGCAACACUGCCCGCUACUGCGGCUCCUUCUGCCAGCACAAGGACUGGGAGAAACACCACCACGUGUGUGGCCAGACGCUCCAGGGCCUCCAGGCAGCCGCGGGCUCCGCCCCAACCAAUGGGGUGGGCCCCGCCCAGCCGGACGUAGUAGCCGUGGCUGUGGCCACCAGCCCCAGCGAGAGCAGCUCGGCAGCCGCCUCCCGCUCGGGCACCCCGGCCACCCCAGCCCCCCUGGAAACUGCCUCCCGCUAGCCCCAUCCAGGGGGAGGAAGAUACAACGGGAUCCGAGAACCUACAAAAGUCACUGCUGCUAACUGCUUUUCUCCAAAAGAAAAAAAAAAAUGCAUUCAAUGCAACUUCCUCAGCUACCUGACGAUUUCAUUCGACCUCCAAACGACCUCUAUCUCUUCGAGUGAUCCUCACAGAUCUUCAAAACUGGGCUUUAAAAGUGGAUUUCACAAAGAAAGUACAAACCUUCUUCUCCGUUAAUCUGUCUUUCUCUGUCUUGUCAGUUUCCCUCUUGUCUCUUUCUCUCUUGUCUCUUUCUGUCUCC